AUGGUUAAUGUCAAGGUAGAGUUUCUGGGAGGUUUAGAUGCCAUUUUCAAGAAACAAAGAGUUCAUAAGUUAACUUUAAAAAAAAAUAAUAGCGAUGAUGAACCAGUAACGGUUGGCGAUUUAAUUGAUUAUAUUGUUGAGAAUAUGAUCGAGGACAAGAAUGAUGUAGAGGUUUUCUUACAAAAUGGCACUGUAAGAGCUGGUAUUUUAACUUUAAUCAACGAUACCGAUUGGGAAUUAGAAGGUGAAAAGGAAUAUGAAUUAGAAGAUGGUGAUAUUAUAUCAUUUACAUCAACCUUACAUGGUGGUUAA